AAUAUAAACAUAACUUUAUAUGCACUGGAAAACCAAAAAAUUUAUAUGACUCACUUUAUUGCAAUAUUUGCUUUGUUGAGGUGGUCUGGAACUGAACCUGGAAUAUCCCUAAGGUAUGCCCGUAAUCCCAGUGCUCUGAAUUUUGUGGCUCGUUAGAUGUAUUUUAAAAAUAUAUAGAAUACUUAAAUUGCAUUUACUGUGUGCCAGACACUGACCCAAAGUCUUUGCAUUUCUUAUCACAACCCUCAAUGAUAGGUGCUGUUAUUAUUCCCAUUUUACAGAUGAGGAAAGUGAGGCACCAAGAGGUUAAAUAUCUUGCAGAAGGUCAUACAAAGCUACUACGGAAACUCUGCUCUCAAAACCGAGACAGAGAUGUUUGAAAAAUAUUACAAUAAAUUGGAGCCCAGGGACAAGCAACCUCCACGAUUAUCAGAAAUUAAAAUAUCAGGAGCAGAAAUUGCACAGUUACGAGGCAGGCAUAGAUCCAAAUCCCGCAUAAGUCUGGAACGUGUAACAGGCCUCAGCGUGGACCAAAAAUUCAAGCUUGUGCAAAAAGAGCUGGACGACGCAAAGAAUGAAAUAAGGCACAUAAGGGCAAAUGCCGAGAGGGACCUGCAGCAUCACGAGGCUAUCCUUGAGGAAGCUGAAAUCCGGUGGACCGAAGUUCAGAGAGAAGUGCAUGAGUUUGAAAAAGAUAUUCUAAAGACCAUAUCCAAGAAGAAAGCGAGUAUUUUGGCCACUCAGAAAGUGAUGAAGUACAUUGAGGACAUGAACCGCCGGAGGGAUAAUAUGAAGGAUAGAUUAUGUUUGAAAAAUGUCUCUCUCAAAGUCCAGAGGAAAAAGAUGCUUUUACAAUUGAGGCAGAAGGAAGAGGUGGGAGAGGCCCUCCACAACGUUGACUUUCAGCAGCUGAAGAUCGAGAAUGCUCAGUUUUUAGAGACAAUUGAAGCAAGGAAUCAAGAACUGAUCCAGCUGAAGCUGGUAUCCGGAAACACCCUGCAGAUCCUUAACGCGUACAAAAGCAAGCUACACCGAGCCAUGGAAAUGUCCCUCGAUCUGGACAAAGAGUUCUUGUUGAGAAAAGAGUUACUCAAAAAAGUUGAAAAAGAAACCCUGCAAGUAGAGCAGGACCGGGCCAAGGCCAUGGCUCUGAACAAGCAGCUCCGGAAGCAGCUGUCUGAGUUCCGAGUGCCACAGGUGAUGAUGUACGUCCGGGAGAAGAUCCGAAACAGGGACCUGGAGAAGACCAUCAGGAUGUGGGAGAGGAAAGUGGAGAUUGCAGAGAUGUCCUUAAAAGGCUACCGCAAGGCUUGGAAUAAAAUGAAAAUCACCAAUGAGCAGUUGCAGGCAAUUUGCCCCCUGGGAAAUAGCCAGAGGGAGGCGACGGCUGCCGACCAAAAAGUGAUCCAUUAAAGUAAUCAGCUUCUCUCUAGUCAUGGGGUCCUCUCA